AUGCCGACCAUCAUUCCGAGUUUCAGUCGUGACAAUGUGGAGGCCAAUGGAGAGACUAAGAGCAGCGCAGCCAAUGGAGACGCGAGUCCAGCAGCCACACGCUCCAUGUUGGACUAUUAUUUCCCAUCAGGACGCAGCGAAGUCAAUGGAUUGAGUGGGAAUAGGUCGCUCAAGAGGAAGAGGAGAAGCUCUCGACGGGACGAGCUCGCGGCGGACGUGGAUUUGCUCCGAUUCGGAGUAGACGGCGCCAAGCUCGUGCCUCAAGGCCUCGUAGACCGCGUGGACGCCCAUAUGAGCCGCGCGGUGCUUAUUAAAGUAGUGGGUAACCACGUGACCAAUUGGUGCAAUCGCUCGGGUUUCGCUCCCAGCUUUCUGCAAGAGAUCACGACGCUAUUAGCCGCGUACUAUCCAUGCAACUACCCGACGUUACUGGAUGAAGUGCUCGCUGGGUUCUUGUUCAAAAGACCGGAGUUUAUGGACUUAUUACUGCCAGCGAUGCUCGAGAAAAUGAGUAAAGCGGGCGAGUCAGUGUCGACGACCAAGUACCCGGUGGCAGACGCUCUGGUGAGGAUGUGUGGCUCUCCUGCAGCGACGACGGCGCGUCACGACCUGGCCUGUAGGUCGCUGCUUCGUUGUCUGGUAGAGAAUAAUGGAGACAGGUUCGCCCUCAGUCCGUGGAUCGCAGCAGGCGCCAUCGAGGCUAGUGACGCAGUCCUGCAGAAUCUGUGGAAAGCGCUGCUGCCUUGCAGUCAAGAAGACGUGGAGGAGUUGAACUGGAGAGUAGAAGACCCGACGCAGCAGAUCGUGGAGCUGUUGGCGGAAGAAGGAAAGCUGCGGGUGUGUCGGAUCUCGUGCGGGUUCGUCAAGUUGCUGCUAAGUGACGACAAGUUGAAGAAUCAGCUUGUAGAGUCGCAGUCGUAUCUGCUCCCUGACUGCCUGGAGAGGGCGUUCAAGCACGCGAGCACGAGUUGGAGCAGUUCGCUGAUGGCGGAGUGGCUGGAGCGACGACGGAAGGACGCUGGAGCUUUCCGAGAUUUGGUGGAUUUCUUUGUUCGCUUCAAUGCCAAGUUGAGUCUCAGGAAGCCAGAAUGGUUUGUCAAUCACGUUCUGAGCUUCGCUCUCUCUCCUCACUGUCCUGUAGCAGAGCAGGAACUGGCCCUGAGAGCGAUCCUAAGCGACCACAUGUCCUUCCUGCUCGGUACUCAGUCACCAAAGAGCAAGCAAAACGGUUCGGGUGAAGCUUCAGCUGCCACUGACCUUGAUGUAGUCGGGAGCCAGUCGGUCUUGGAAGCUCAAAGCAAGAUAGAGAACCUUCUUGGCCUCUUGGUUGCUGCCACUGCUCGCACCAGUGCCUUAUUCCUGGACAUUUGGUCUCAAGCUUGGCUCGACAAGAGACUCACUUUGUCUUGGAGCUACGUCUACGCUCUGCUAUGCGUGGCCAUUCAGGACACCGUCGACGAUCGAAGUGGUCUUGGCCAGAAGCUGCAGAGCUUUACAACUCGAGUCUGUCGCUCCUAUUAUGGCCGUUUGGCUGAUCUAGGCAAGGACGAAGAAGUCGCCAGCAAGUUCUCAGACGCGCUGAACCUGCUGCUCCCGUCUACUCGUCCAGUCGCUGCUCUUAUGCUGCACGAGGUGCUAGCUGCCCUCGCUGACUUUGAGCAGAAGCACUCGACUGACGCGUGCUCAAUCUUCGGCAAUGCGGUCGCUCUACACCUCAGCAGUUGUGGUGGAUCUGUGGAUAGCAAUGUGAAGCGAAGCGCUGUACAAAAGGCGCUUACCCUGGCCUCGACCGAGAGCAGCACUGGUGACUUGACUCGACGUGUGCUAUCUAGCGGUCCAGUGGUGCGGUUGCUGUCAAGUCUACUGAAUUAUGGACGACGGAGACGCAGACAAGAAGUGCUCCUAGACGUCAUGAGUGUCGUGGUUGUCAGUAACACAUCGACGACACUGAACCGAGAUUGGGCGCGUCAAUAUGUCGUGCAGGAGCUGGUCCAUUGUGCGUAUACAGGUCCACCCAAUUCGGCGAGGAGAGCGACCGCGUUGCUGCAGAGCAUUUCCCGACACAACAGUCGCGGGAUUGGAGCGUUCUUGUGGGUGGUUCUACAGCAGUGCACGAAGUUGUGCUGUGGACUUGAAGAGAAGGAGAAUGUCCACAAGCUGGCCCAUUACUCGGAGAACUACCAGGGAAGAGCUGACACUUUCGCAGAGCUGGUGAAGACGAUGGUGGCUACUGUCCCUGCGAGUACAGUGCGGGACGUACUCAACUUUGUGGAGCAGAAACUCGCUUCGUGUUCCGUCGGGAAGACGCGGAUGAACCUGUUUCUGCUGCUGCUACUCCGGAAACUCGUCGUUUGUGAGCUGCAGUGUGGCAUGCUCCUCCCUGUUGUGCAACGUGCUGUGUGUCCAUUGGCUUGCUCGGAUCUGGAUCAAAUCCUCUUAAUCCAGUUGCAGUUGUUGAAGGCGCUGUGUGCUCGACUCGUAGCUGUCCGUCAUCAUCCAGUAGCGUCAAAGCUAUCAGACGAUGCUGAGGACUGGAAACGCUGCGAGGAUCUGGUAUGCAACGAACGAUUACGAGCAGAUCUACAGUCAGUGGCGAAGGGACGAACUAGUCGUGUCUCUCAAGUGUUAGCGCAAGGGAUUCUGACGUUCACGCAGCAGCUCAGACAUGAACGCCCCAUAGACGAUGAAGACGGGGCUGCAAGGAUACCGAAGAAAGGCAGAAUGAAAUGA